GCUGCUGGUCCCGUAAAAUAUUGCGCAGGCCCAGUUUACGCCUUUCAUUUCCUGAUUUGGUGGACUGAUUCAGAGUAUCUCUGACUGAUUGCAAAUUUCUCAGCAUUGGAAACACUAAUCGGGCAGCGCCAAGUGGGGUUCAGUCAUGUCAGCACCUGCUAUGGGGACCACGAAGACUGCUCACAGUGAUGUGGCUGCGAAGAAAAAGAGGGGACCGGGUGCCCUGGCUACGGCGUAUCUGGUUAUAUAUAACGUGGUUAUGACAGCUGGGUAUGUAGACAAUUCUAAUACACUUCCUGUUUGACGGGAUUGGGGUGCAAGCGUGCAUGAUCUGCUAUAAUUAAUGUCAUGGGAAGGCACGCGCCUGCUACAAGACUAGAUCCCCGAACUGUUUUCCUGGAUAUUUUGCUCAAUAAUGCUUGUACUUUGGAAAUAAUGAUAGGCUAAUGAUUAAAUCAAUCCCAUGUCAACAAUUUUGCUUCGCUGGCGACACGUUGUCGAUAACUCGUUUCAUUGUGCUGCCUUCAGCGACAUUGUAGCAAAUCAAAUCAACCAAACACAGAACUACUGUCUUGUUACUUUGUAACAGCCUCCGUCGGGAAUGUAUCAAUUGUCUGUGUCUUUGGUUACAUUUUACUCGAGCGCGCGCCUACAAAACACUGCAAUUAGCUAUGUUGCCUAGAGUUGCAACUGUAAUCGCGUGAAUGGUAUGUGUGUGUAUAUGUAUAUAUAUAUAUAUAAAGGCUGUCAUUAUGUACAGUAAUAGUUAUUGUUAUUUAGGCAUACUACAUGUAGUUUUACAACCACCAUUUGUUAGGAGUUUAAAAAAAAACUACAAAUACAGUUGUUUUGUAUAUCUCUGAUUUCACUCAACAUAUGACACACAGUUGUUGUGCAAUAAAUUGCACAAGUGCAAAAUGCUGGAUGCUCUCUCAUCCUAACAAGUUAGGUGACAUUACAGGAUACCCUCCCUCUCCCAAUCCUGUCUGGUGAGGUGAUACUUGCUCUGUCUAUUGAGUACCAGCUACAAAGGGUUUCUAUUACUUUAUUUAGUAGAUUAAUUUCUAUCGGGUUCAAAACCUGUCACUCCUAACAAUCACGACUAUUCAAGUAUAUGACUGUGCAGAUGCCUUUUCUAUCUAUGUAUUAGGCCUACCUUCUGUGUGGUUGGACUGUUUUGCUUUAUCCUGUCCUCUAAGAGUAAACUGAGGCUAUUAUUUGAUACCAGAAAUGUAUUCCCACCCCGAACUCCCUGGAAAAUAGUGGCAGUUGUUACUGAGUGCACUAUCCUGGCAAAUAAUCUAAAUAAAAAUGAAAUGUUCUUCCAGCUGGCUGGUCAUUGCUGUGGGCCUGGUGCGGGCCUAUCUUGUCAGAGGCAGCUACCACGGCCUAUACUUCUCUAUAGAGAAACCCCUGAAGUUUUUCCAGACCGGCGCACUCUUGGAGGUGAGUGGAUGUAGGCCAAGUCUCUGUUGUAGGGCCUCAGGGUCAGACCUGGGUCAUGUUCAUUAGGUACACUAGCAAAAUAUUAUGCAACAGAAAAUGGAAAUCUGUAUAAUUUUUCUUAUUUGACAAGUUUAGGUAGUGCCCCCUUUAUUUCACUCCCUUUCAAAACGUUUUCUCCCCACUGAACAAAAUCUGGGCUUUUAUUCCGAGCACUUAACAAGACAGCCCCUUAUCACUCUAUGUGUGGUGCAUUUGGUAUGUCCCCUACUGUACGCAUACAACUUAAUGGCAGGAAUGUUCAAUCACACAGCACUGUUGUAUUUUUAAAUAGAAACUCCUCCACCAUGACUGGCCUUGGCCUUCCCCGCUCCCACCUCUGUGCUACUUACAGACAGUACAGAGGCCUAGUAGGGUGUUAGUGUGAUCCUCUCCAGCCACACAGUAACACAGAGAUAAGGGAUUAGGCAUAGUGUAACCCAAGCUCUGUCUUCAUGCUUCUGUCAUACCAACUCCCUCCAUUCAUAAAAAUUAUGUUUUGACUAGUGCACUGGCUUUUAUCUAGUCCUAGACCAGUAGAAUGAACAUAUGGUGUGACUGUGUUGUUUAUGCUGUGUUUUUCUUUUUAUUUCCCUUCAGAUAUUGCACUGUGCAGUGGGUAAGUUGAAGUUCCUCCCUCUUCUCAUGGUCAAAGUCGCAUACUGUGGUCUCUACCAGUCAUGUGGACAUAAGCCCUACUGAGAGCCAUUGCCUCAGAUAGAGAGAGCCUUUCCAGGCUACUAAGAUAAGCCUGGCCUGAUGAUACUAAUUUGAUAACGAACAAGGCCCUGCUCCAUUGUGGUCGUGGCACUCCCGGUUCACAGUCCACUACUCAUUAUCUGGGAUUUAAGGAUAACCCUGACCUUCAUUACGGCAGCUGUCUGUCUGUCUGGACAUGUGCUGCCCUCUGCUGGACAAACCUAGACACUACACACUCAUGUAGCCUGCAGAUUAGUGUAAUACAGUGAAUUCUAUAACUGGAAUUGGUGUGCUAUAUUUUUUGCUAUCUUACAUAAGCUUUUGUAAGCUGCCUGCGAAUUAAUAGUCCAACACUUGAUGCACUUUUGCACAAAUUGAAAAUAUGUCUUCUCUUUGCUUCUCUCGUCAUGUAUUCUGCUCAGUAUCCCUGUGUUGUGAAGUGGUAAAGCUGUGUUUUAAGGUGAUACAGUACAUAUCUUCUAAUAUGAUGAUCAUGCUGUGUUCUCCUGCUCCAGGGAUCGUUCCAUCCUCUGUGGUUCUAACAGGGUUCCAGGUGUUGUCUCGGGUCUUCCUCACCUGGGCUGUGACACACAGCGUCCGAGAGGUACAUCUCUACUUCAUCGACUCAUUCAGCCCCCAAUUCACCAAUUAUGGAACUAGCCAUUUAUUUUCCAGAUAAGUUUAGUUUGUUUGAUCUGUUGGAAUAUCAGGAUGAACCAGCACUGUGAAUUCAUUUGAAAGCUAAAAUAUUACGGAGUGGACAGUAAGAAAUAUGCAAACUUUAAUAUGUGGUGAUGGUUUCAGGGGAGCAAUGCCCCUAGAUGUUGUCUUCAUUCCAAAGAAAGAGCCUUGCUGAUGCACUAAGGUCUGUGAGCCUGAAAUAGUGAACAUGCUUGAAGCCAACAGGGUGAAUAACACUAACAUGUUUGUAAGGUCUGAAACGCUCUACUGUAUACAGUGCAUUCGGAAAGUAUUCAGAGCCCUUGACUUUUUCCACAUUUUGUUACGUUACAGCCUUAUUCUAAAAUUGAUUAAAUUGUUUUUCCCCCUGAUCAAUCUACACACAAUACUCCAUAAUGACAAAGAAAAAACAGGUUUUCAGAAAUGUUAGCAAUUAUUAAUUUUUUUAAACACUGAAAUAUGACAUUUACAUAAGUAUUCAGACCCUUUACUCAGUACUUUCAGUACUUUGUUGAAGCACCUUUGGCAGCGAUUACAGCCUCGAGUCUUCUUUGGUAUGACACUACAAGCUUGGCACACCUGUAUUUGCAGAGUUUCUCCCAUUCUUCUCUGCAGAUCCUCUCAAGCUCUGUCAGGUUGGAUGGGGAGCGUCGCUGCACAGCUAUUUUCAGGUCUCCCCAGAGAUGUUCCAUCGAGUUCAAGCCCGGGAUCUGGCUGGGCCACUCAAGGACAUUCAGAGACUUGUCCGGAAGCCACUCCUGCAUUGUCUUGGCUGUGUGCUUAGGGUCGUUGUCCUGUUGGAAGGUGAACCUUGGCCCCAGUCUGAGGUCCUGAGUGCUCUAGAGCAGGUUUUCAUCAAGGAUCUCUCUCUGUACUUUGCUCUGUUCAUCUUUCCCUCGAUCCUGACUAGUCUCCCAGUCCCUGCUGCUGAAAAACAUCCCCACAGCAUGAUGCUGCCCCCACCAUGAUUCACCGUAGGGAUGGUGCCAGGUUUCCUCCAGACAUGACACUUGGCAUUCAGGCCAAAGAGUUCAAUCUUGGUUUCACCAAACCAGAGAAUCUUGUUUCUCAUGGUCUGAGAGUACUUUAGGUGCCUUUUGGCAAACUCCAAGUGGGCUGUCAUGAGCCUUUUACUGAGGAGUGGCUUCUGUCUGGCCACCCUACCAUAAAGGCCUGAUUGGUGGAGUGCUGCAGACAUGGUUGUCCUUCUGGAAGGUUCUCCCAUCUCCACAGAGGAGCUCUGUCAGAGUGACCAUCGGGUUCUUGGUCACCUCCCUGACCCAAGGCCCUUCUCCCCCGAUUGCUCAGUUUGGCCGGGCAGCCAGCUCUAGGAAGAGUAUUGGUGGUUCCAAACUUCUUCCAUUUAAGAAUGAUGGAGGCCACUGUGUUCUUGUGGACCUUCAAUGCUGCAGACAUUUUUUGGUACCCUUCCCCAGAUCUGUGCCUCGACACAAUCCCGCCCUACGGACAAUUCCUUUGACCUCAUAGCUUGGUUUUUGCUCUGACAUGCACUGUCAACUGUGGGACCUUAAAUAGACAGGUGUGUGCCUUUCCAAAUCAUGUCCAAUCAAUUGAAUUGACCACAGGUGGACUCCAAUCAAGUUGUAGAAACAUCUCAAGGAUGUUUAUGUAAAUAAGGUAUUUCUGUUUGUUAUUUGUAAUAAAUUAGCAAACAUUUCUAAAAACCUGUUUUUGCUUUGUCAUUAUGGGGUAUUGUGUGUAGAUUGAUGAGGAAAUGUAAAAAAAAAAAAAUCCAUUUUAGAAUAAGGCUGUAACGUAACAAAGUGGAAAAAGUAAAGGGGUCGGAAUACUUUCCGAAUGCACUGUAUGUGUGUGUGUUUGAGUAUUUGCAACUAUGUUAACUUUUCAUCUCGUGUUUACAAUUCUCUCUCUCUUUGCCUGUCAUGCGCCAUGACAUGCAGAGUUACAGCGUAGUAUAGUUGGUGCAACAAACUGCACGGUUCUGCCAUAACCCCUCGGUCUUCCAGUUGAAUGAAUCUACUACAAACUAUCGCAUGCUAGCUUUGAAUUAUCUGCCCAGUCUCACCCCUGUCUGUUUGUCCUGUCUGAUCCCAGGUCCAGAGUGAAGACAGUGUCCUGCUCUUCGUAUCGGCCUGGACCAUCACAGAGAUCAUCCGCUACUCCUUCUACACCUUCAGUCUGCUCAACCACCUGCCCUACCUCAUCAAAUGGGCACGGUAAGAAAAGCUCCCCACGCUCCCUAUUGGCUAAUUGAAUGAGAGGCACUCCACUUCACAUUGGAAAGAAGUGCUGGAAAAUUACUUUGUGUUAAACUCAAAAAGUCUAAGCCUAUUUAACCCCUUUUUUUAUGGGCACAAAACUACCUCCAUACUUCCAAUCGUUUGUAUGGGUUACCUUCAGACGAGUCCCGUGACACUUGUGGGAGUCGUAGAGCAAAACGGAGAACACCAUCGUCUUCGUGAGAGUCUCCCCCUUAAUAGUUUGUAGAGUGGUCAUAAUAGUUUUUGUGAGAAGACCGAUUUUCGGGAUGUCUCAUGAUCUGACAAACACCGCUGUAGCUCGGUCACCUUCCACAGCAGAUGCGGAAGGCCGACAUAGGUGGAUGCGGUGGAUUAAACUGACAGAUUUUGAUGGGGAUUUGUUUAUUAUGUUACUUAGAUUGACUCUUAAGGACUCUGUACUUUUUACCUGUACAAUUGUAUGUAAUGUUCACCUGAUCAUUUAAUGUGUGGGUUUAAAUACUGUACACAGCCCUCUAUUUAUUCGCUGUCAAUGUAUGAGACAUACCGCCAUGUCGAUUGGUAUUAACGAUGGGGAAGUUCUUUGAUGCUUUACACUAGAGUCUCUGUCAUUCAGAGGCGGUGGAAGUAGGGGUGCGAGCAUCUUGAGAGAAUGUUACUGCGUGGUUAAGAACCGUGUGUAAAUGUCCUAUCUUUUCAGCGACAUAAAAGCUGACAGCACAUAAAAUAUGCAUUUAUGGCAUUAUUCGGGUGAGUAAGGCUUUAUCUAGUCUUCUAGGGCAGGAUUUACCCAACCCUCUCCUCGGCCCCCUCCCCCAGACAAUUCACAUUUUAGUUUUAACCCUAAACUGGCACACCUGAUUCAAUUAGUCCUGACAAAUCAUCAAGCCUUUGACUAAUUGAAUCAGGUGUGCCAGCUUAGGGUUAAAACAAAAAUGUGAAACGUCGGCGGGGGGGGGGGGGGGGGGGGGGGGGGGGGGGGGGGGCAGCAGAGGAGAGGGUUGGGUAACCCUGUUCUAGGGCAACAUGUAAUGACAGAAGAGUUGCAUUCUAAUUAUUAUAGGCCUAGACAAGUUGACAAACAAAUAGCCUACCAAACGUCGGAAAUUAUUAUUUAAAAAGUCGUUAUGCCAUCCCUGCUGUCAUUAUACAGUGCAUUCAGUAAGUAUUCAUACCCCUUCACUUAUUCUACAUUUUGUUGUGUUACAGCCUGAAUUUUCUAAAAACAUAUUUUCACUUUGUCAUUAUGGGCUAUUGUGUGUGAGGAAUAAAAAUCAAUUGUGGGUGUGAAAAAAAAUGAAUAAUCAAUUUUGAAUUCAGGCCGUAACACAACAAAAUGUGGAAUAUGUCAAGGGGUAUGAAUAAUUUAUGAAGGCACUGUAUAUGUCCAUAACAGAGUUUUAUUUAUAUAUAUAUAUAUAUAUAUAUAUAGAUAGAUAGAUAGAUAGGGCUGUAUAUGACGAAACAUGGGAGUGUAUGACACUCCCUCCAUAAUGUGUUUUCUCAGUCUCAACCAUGGCAACAAAGUCUUCAACAAAGGCCUACUCAUUGGGGAGGACCUUCUUUUGUUGCCUGGUAACAAAUUAUGAUGAUUCUUCUUCUAAUGUCAGCCAAUGCUGUGGUGCUUCACUCUUUUCACCUUCAGUUGGCUUUAUAAAGACAGUUUGUGGUAUAUGACAGGUAGAAGGGCUGCACGAUAUGGACAAAAUAUCAUAUUGAAAUAUUUGUACUGAAUAUUGUGAUCGCAAUAUGACUUAACAAAACAAGAGUCUGAACUUGGGCAUGUUGGGCAUGACAACAAAUGGACACGUCUGGGAAGAGUGGUUUUCUAUCAGAACAUGCUUCCCCAGUCCCUAUCAGAACGUGCAGUGGCACAAACAACAUGCAGCACAAGAUCUGGGCCACCACCACUGGCACUAUGAAUUGACAUUCAGCAGAAUGAAUUAGCUAGUGAUAUUGCAGCCUCUUGCAAUCUGGAUAUCAUACAUGUCCAUAUUGAAAUGUACUCCUUCCAUCCUAUCUCCAGGUACACAUUCUUCCUAGUGCUGUAUCCUAUGGGUGUGACAGGUGAGCUGCUGACUAUCUAUGCAGCCUUGCCCUACGUGCAGAAGACAGGUCUCUAUUCUGUCACUCUACCUAACAAGUACAACUUCUCUUUCGACUACUACACCUUCCUCAUCCUCACUAUGGUCUCCUACAUUCCACGUAAGUCUCUCUCUCUCUCGCCGCCUUGCAUCUCCCCUACCUACUCACUACAAUACAUCACUGAUGUACUAUUUCAGUAGUACGUCAGUGAUGUGUUGUAUUGAGUAUGUAGGGGAGAUGCAUUUCAUGAAAUCCAAAAAGCUAUCAUCUAGACAAGCAAGCACUAAGUGCAAAGUAGAGCAUUACAAUUCACAGUAAGAUGCUUUGUGCUGUGAAUUGUAAUGCUCUACCUUGCACUUAGUGCUUGCUUGUCUAGAUGUGGGCUUUUUAAAUGUCAUGAAAUGGCUCGUAAAUGUAUUUUAAGGUGUCUGUACUUAGUUCUGCGUAUGAUUCUAUGGUUACGUGUUGUUGUUGAUCUGACUGUGUUGUUCUCCCGAUGCUUCCCCAGUGUUUCCCCAGCUCUACUUCCACAUGAUGCGUCAGAGAAAGAAAGUCCUGGCCCACGUGGAGGAGUACAAAACAGAGUAAACACAACAAACACACGGCAGACUGAUCACAUCAUGCCACGGGGAGGAGUGGAAAAAGACGAGAGAACCUGUAAAAAAAAGAAAAAAACAUGCCUGACCAAUUAAAUAUGUCUGCUUGUUGAAAUACCAAAAUACCAACUAUUUUUCAGAUCAAGAAAAUAACAUGGGGAAUGGGGAUAAUCGAUCUAACAAUGGUUCUUGCUAAUCAGUUGGUUCGGUUUUGGGCUGUUGCCUGGUUAUUAAGAAGCUCAUGUCAUUUACAAUAUACAAACUGCUUUUCGUUUUCUUUGUAAGCAAAUGCAGUUACCAUGUUAUCAAAAUGCUACUUACUCAAAAAACUGUUUUGUAAAUCUGAUGAUGAUACAGUUCUGUUGCACUGCCCCUGUUUGAGAGGCAGGCAGAAUGCUGUCCUGUUGCCUGUGACUUUUGGUCAUAAUGUGCUGAAUGCACUGAUUCAAUCAAUGCCCUCUUCUCUUAUAGUCCAGUAGAAGACUAACACUAGAACCCCCUCCCCCCAUUCUAUCACAGGCUGCAUCCCAAAUGGGAGCCUAUUCCCUAUAGUACACUAUUUAGGGAAUAGUGUCAUUUGGGAAGCCACCAUGCUUUGUGCUCAAAUGAAUAGUUGUUGUCCUUUGUUAGGAUGGAUGGAAGGUUCCAUAUUUGUCUGACUGAACAGAGGACUAUGCCUGUUAAGUUAUUUGAGUAAUUUAUUUCUGCGACUAGUUUUUUUCACCUGCAGAACUUCUGAUCACAUUCCAUUUGGUGUAAUAAAGCUUUUUUUCUUUAUUCUGUGCUUACAUAGUUUUAUUUUCAAAUACUCAAGUACUAACUAACUGCAGUAAUUGAGUGCUUAUUGUCGUAAGAUAGCUUCUUGCUUUUAUGUUUUGGAUUUUUUGUGUUGACAAUAUUUGGUAAGUAUUUGGACCAUUUGAGUUUCUUUAGAUUAAUAUUAUGUUGAUUGUGGGUUGGUUAUUGAUUUGUAACUCUUUGUUUGAAGUAGGGGUAGGCCUCCCUGAUCUAGAGUGGAUAGGACGUCGAUAAGUGAACCAGUUGUACAGUUACUUUGCUUUCUUGUGUAUAUUUUCUGAGGGAACUAAUUUAUUUACUCAAGCUUUAAACUUAAGGUGGUUCUCAAAUUGUCUUGGACACUGGUGGACAUUGCCUGGAAAACAUGUUGAAGAGUUAACCACCCAUGAGCCAAUUCUCACACUUUUUAUUUAUUGACUGUUUGUGUUGAACUAUAGUAGGGUGCCAGGACAUGCGCUGUCAGACAGGAAACUUGCAUGGCCAAUGGAGUCAAUUAGAUUAGAGAGCUUGUAGUCCUGCAUUUCCAAUGAGUUAAAGGGGCAAUCUGCAGUUGCUGCAUUAAUUUUUUGACGUAUAGAUUAACGAUAUAUACCCAUUGUUUUUUGAAGAAUAUAACUUAUAAAUGCCUCAUGAACUUAGUUCAACUGUUGUACCCCAUCAGAACCCAAAACAUAAGCUUGUUUAACUCAAAUAUCUGUAAACAAUAGAAAUAUAAACGAACACUGUAUAGCCUCAAAAACAUGAUCAUUUUGAUAUCAUGGAUGAUCAGUCCUUGUAUCUAUAGCUCUGUCCAUGAAUUUGAGAGUGGUUAAUUUUCUCCAUCCCUCAGUUUUUUACAAAAACAGUGGUGGGCUGACGGCUUCGUUAUUGGUUCAA